AUGGCUGAUUUUCCUCCUUCCAACAUGCUGACAAAUCAGUUCAUUGUCCAUUUCCUUAUAGCAGUGACACAAUUUCUUACUGGGGCCUUCACAAAUGGCUUCAUCGUGGUGGUGAAUGCGGUGGACUUCAUCCGGCAGAGACAAAUGGCUCCUCUGAAUCUGCUCAUUUCCUGCCUGGCCACUUCAAGGAUUAUUCUGCAGAUGUUCAUCUUCCUUGCACAUCUACCUCUUCUGUCCUUAAUGAAACAGGAGGUAUUUUCUAAGCUUAAUAUAAUUUUCAUGUUUCUAAAUAUUUGGGGGCUUUGGUUGGCCACGUGGCUUGGUGUUUUCUACUGUGCCAAGAUCGCCACCAUCCCGCACCCACUGUUCUUCUGGAUGAAGAUGAGGAUUUCCAAGGUGGUGCCCUGGCUGAUCCUGGGGUCUAUGCUGUAUGCAUCGAUCAGUUCUGGCAUCCACGAGAAACAUGCAUUUGUGGUCAACUAUUUCUCCAAAAAUGCAACUCAAACCAAAAGAAUAGACAUUGUGCCACUUUCUAUUUUGAUUUUUCAUGUUACAGUGCCAUUAAUUGUCUUCUUCAUUGCUGUUGUGCUCUUGAUUUUCUCCCUGGGGAGACAUGUCCAGCAGAUGAGAGGCAUUGUUAUGGGAACCAGCAAUGUCCGCUGGGGGGCCCCCAUCAGGGCAAUACUGUCCAUCCUGUCCUUUCUAUUUCUCUACUUCUUUCACUACAUGAUGGUCAUUUUGCUCUUUGGUCAAAUAUUGCAGUUCGGAAGCUUCCUCUUUGAGUUCUUCACCUUACUGGCUGGGACCUACCCAUCUAUACACUCUGUCAUCUUAAUUGUAGGAAAUCCUAAGCUGAAACAAAUUGCAAAGAAGUUCCUUCUCUGUGGUCAGUGA